AUGCCUCCCUACUCUGCAGCUCAGAAGCAACAAAUAGCCCAGUUUGUGAGCUUCACACAAGCAGAGAACUCAGUUGCGACAAAGUUUUUGAGGCAAGCUCGAUGGAAUCUGGACGAAGCAGUUGAUACGUUCUUUCAGAGUCCCCAGGGUGGAGGAGGAGCAACGCCAGCCAUCAAUCAAAUUUUCGAUAAAUACCGUGACUCACCCAAAGAAAAUCCUGAUGGCAUCGGCAUCGAGGGAGCUAUGCGUUAUUUUGGGGACAUCAACGUCGAGCUAGACGAAGUGACUUGCCUCGGUAUUGCCGAACUCCUGCAAUCGCCCUCCAUGGGUGAAUUCACUCGCGAAGGCUUUCUAAACGGCUGGAGAUCAGUUGGCUGUGACACCGUUGAUAAAAUGAGCGCUCACGCCGCCAACCUUCGCGCACGCAUCCCAACAGACCCAGAACUCUUCCGCCGCAUCUACCGCUUCACAUUUCCCCUCUGCCUAGUCCAGGGCCAACGCAACCUUCAAUUCGAAAUCGCCGUCGAGCAGUGGUACCUCUUCUUCACGCCCCCAAAGGGCGGAAUCGCCUGGAACACACACACGACCCCCUGGUUGGACUGGUGGGUUGAGUUCCUCGAGGGCCGUGGGAAGCGCCCCGUAAACAAGGAUCUGUGGCAACAGGUCGAAGUAUUUAUGCGGAAGAGCCGUGAGGAUGAAGACUUUGGGUGGUGGAGUGAAGAUGGGGCGUGGCCGGGGGCCCUAGAUGAUUUCGUUGCAUGGGUGCGUGAGAAGAGAGGGGGUGGUGCUAUGGAGGUUGAAUAA